GGUGGGUGGGGGGUGAUGGGGGAUGUGAUGGCGGAGGCGGACCUCGCGGACCCGAACCCAGACGUUCAGGACCUGUUCCAGCACUACGACCUCCUCUACUUCCGGGGCGGCUCGCCGACGCCGUCUUCGUCGUUAAGUGGGGCUCCUUGCCAUCCAGCAGUUAACUCUGCUCUGCAUGCCUGCUACUUAAACUUUCUGUUAAAUCAUGUCAGCUGCCAUGGCCCUCUUUUUCGUGCUUGGAUGGAUGCUAUUAACUCUUGCUCCAUAAAGGAUCACCAAAGACCAGAUGGUGGGUACAAUAUCACCACCCGCCAUGAUUUCCAUCCAGAAAAGCCGCACAGCUUCAAGGGUAUCUUGUGGAAGUGCAAAUCUUGUGGAGAUACACUUCUUAGGGCUACAAACCAGGGUCCUCCAUCUGAUGCCUGCUGCAUUGAGAAUGUUAACAGCGGUGGCGGCGCAUCCUGUGGGAACAUGCUUUGUCACUGGCACAACCACAAGAAUGACUGCUGUGGCACAUACGAAAAAACAGAGUUGGAAUCAGAUGCACUAUCUCAAAAGAGAGUUCCAGGAGGUGCUCAGUUACUUCUGACUUACCCGUUGGAAAUGUCCAAGUCAAAAGGAGCCAUUCGAGAAUCCAGUUCAUCUGCACUGCAGGGCACUACUAAAGCUACAAAACCGAAUGCUGAAGAAAAUAAUAUCCCUCUAGUGAGUGGUAGCAAAGCUAAAUCUCAGGGGAGUAGCUCGUCCAAGAAGGCAAGCAAGAGACGCAGGACAGAAGUAGUUCUAGAAACAAGUGUUCUUCUUGCUGAAUCUCCAAGAAAAUCAAAGGGGAAGCAAGAUUUGGUUGCAGCAGAGGACAACAUUUUAUCUCUAGUCAGUUGCAGCACUCCAAAAUCAACAAGAAGUAGCAAGAAGGUAGUCAAGGCAGACAUGCAGCAUAACCCUGAGGAUGUUCAGAAAUCCAGUGGUCUGCCUGCUUCUCUCGAAGGAAAACCAAAUCAGAAGAAAGUUGGCAAGCGGCAUAAGCCUGAUGAUGACCAGAAACCUACUGGUCUACCUUCUACACCCCUAGGAACACCAAAACUGAAACACACAUUGAUCAAAAUAGAAAAGGACAAGCUUUCUGCAGCAGAGGACUGCAAUGAUGCAAAAUCACCAGGAAGAUCCUUAAGGAAAACAGGAGAGCAGCAUGAGCCCCAGAUCGCUCAGAAAGCCUGUUCUCAGCCAGCUUACCCUCAGAAAGCACUGAAGCAAGACUUCGUUGCGCUGGAGAAGAGAGAACCUUCCCCUGCAACUGGCUGCAGCGAUGAGAAGUUACUGGAUAGGAGCUCUUCAAGGAAGGCACAAAGGCAGCAUGAGCCUGAAGACAUUAGGAAAACUACUAUUGUGUCAGCUGCCUCAAAGAAAGCAGGAGAGCAGCAUGAGCCCCAGAUCUCUCAGAAAGCCUGUUCUCAGCCAGCUUGCCCUCAGAAGAGACUGAAGCAAGACUUGGUUGCACUGGAGAAGAAUGAACCUUCCCCUGCAAUGGGCUGCAGCAAUGAGAAGUUACGGGGCAAGAGCUCCUCAAAGAAGGCACACUGACAGCAUCAGCCUGUAGACAUUAGGAAAACCACUGUUCUGACAGCUGCCCCAGGAUGUAAAGCAAAGGCAUCAGGCGUUGUUGCAUCGGAGAAGCAGAGAAAGGGAAAAUGCAAAAGGAAGCCUGUGAGGGAAAAGGAGUAUGCUGUGAUGAGUGCGUGGCUGGACUACUAUGAAUCAGACAGGUCAAGCUUAUCAAUCGAGCCCCUUGUAAACAAAAGAACAGAGCGAAGAAAAAGAGAAACAGCAAGAAUUCUGACAUAUUCACGAUCAAAGAAGACUAACCCUGCACCAUUGAUCAGCUCUAGGACAGACGCACCAGUCAGUAGCCACAGAAUCAAGAUGUUGCCUCCUAAAGACGAAUCAAUGCAACAGUCCCGACUACCACCUCCAUGCUCUGACACUGGUGUUCUUACUACUGCUAACCAGACCUCGGUAGUGGUGACACAAGCCACUGGAGAUCAUUGCAAGCCAUCUGCUGCUCCAUGCCUGGGUAUCGUUCCACUUCAGCCAACAGACCCACCCUAUUUAACAUCUUCAGAUCAAAGCACCGCCCCUGAAAUUAUAGCUAUUUCCGAUGAUGACUGAUUGUGAUGCUCCUUUUCGGUGAUGUUAUCUUAGCUUAUUUUGGAUGGUUGCUGGGCUCAAUGGUAGCAACCCUGCCACAGGCAAUGCAGUCAUAUGGAUGAGCAACAAUCUCACUGGAUGUGGGUGUUGGAAGCGACAUAGAUCUGGUUAGUUCUUUAUUACUAUAGAGUAGUUCUGAUGAUCCCAGGACUACAACUCACGAGUCACGAAUCAUCCUAGCGUAAAUUGCUGGGACAGAGUCACGUAUCUGCAACAUGUAACGUUGAACUGUUUCGUGAACAUGACGCCAGAGUGCGAGUACUACAGCAUAAAUGCCUUCGCCUAAAUGUUUCAUCGAGUGUGCGUGAUUUUUUUUUUGUUCUUAUUUGAUUGUGCCACUUGAAGUGCUGUAACAGUGUAUAGAGUAUGUAAACGAGUUCAACUUCCUCA